AUGGCAGCAGCAACAGCAGCAGCGGAGGUGCAGGCUUUGCUUCGCUUCUUGACCAAGGAUGCCAAACUUCCGUUGGCUGAGGCCAUGUCAAAGAUAACGGUCUUACGAAAAGAACAAUUAAAUACUCCGGAGAAGAUCUCCAGGGCCGAUGAGGCCACACUCAAAUCUGUCUUUACUGAUGAAAAGGUUCGGAAACAGGUUCACAACGCAGCUAAGAGAGUUUCGAACCCUAGGAAACGUUCUGCGCAGGCAGAGUCAUCUGCUCCGAAACGUGUGAAAGCGGAAUCGAGUGUUGUUGACGAGGAGUCCUCGCUCGCGCUGCCAGUGACGGCGAUUUCCCUUGAAGAGAUUGAAAGCCUUACCAUCGAGACGAAUCGAGCUCCUCUCUUCCUUGCCUUCACGAUCGCCGUGCUCUCAUAUACCCAUUCAGAGCAACCUUUAUCCAGUCGCUGGAGCCUCGCACAGGCUGUCGUUAGCGCAGGUGCUCAAAGCAAGGCCAAAUACCUGGGACUAACGUCAGGCCGAACAGCAGAAGAGGAUGGAUGGGCUCAGGGUCAGCCGAAGGUCAAGAUUAUGGGCCGCGAGGUUGCUGUGAUGAGAAGACACAUCCCAGUACAGUCUGGAGAUGAUGCCGAUACCAGUCCAAGCACGGCAUUCUGGGGAUUGGAUCUGGAAGCACUUCGUAGAUCAAAUGGGCCAUUGAUUGGGGCCAUCGAUGGGUAUAGACAGGAUGGCCCUCCUAUUCAUAAGCCUUCUGCACCUCGAAAUUAUCUGUUGAAAUCAAUGGUCGUGAUCGGAUCGGAUGACGCCCAGGGUGAGGGAGGAAAAUCAGAUAAAUCAGGCAAGAAACCAUCACCAAAGAGCAUGGCCGGCAAGAGAGAAGAGGCCGCGGCAAUUUUGCUGAAAGCCAUCGAUGCUGUCUGUCAAAGUUGGGCGUCCACACUCAGCAAGGAAGAUCUCGACCAAAGAGCUCAAGGGUGGUACAUGCUGGUCAGACCAGAGGUAGAUCAUGGGCAGGCAGGCUGGGGGCAGAGGGGAAAAGUGCACCUCAAAGAUGUGCUGAAGCUUAAAAAGGGAUGA